AUGGCAACCAGAUUGAUUCUUGGCACUCACGCCAUCAACACGCUCAUGGAACAGGCCAAACGUUUUGAGGCAAUGUCUGUGCAAUUUGCAAAGUCGGCGGAUCUCGCCACGAGCCAAGCCGCCGAGAUUUCCAAAUGGACUUCGAAAUUGAUGUACGCCGUGACCAAGAUCCAACGAGAAGCCGAAGCCGCAGCUGCUGCCUGUCGAAAACGCGUGGAAGAGAGGGUUCACGAGCUCAAGACCAAAGCAGACUCACACAAACGAAAGUUAUCAAUAGCCGCAGAAUUAGAAUCACCACGAACCGUAAAGGCCAACCUCAGGUUGAUAUUCGGCCCUCCAAGGGAGGCAGCAUAUAAGAGCAAAAGCACCAAGGCUCUGAUGGCGACCAGCUCUGUUAGGAUUCAUACCAUCCGCAGCUUGUGUCGAAAACACCCUCAUGGUGUGAUCACUUUUGUUACAGCCUAUCCAACCAAAGUUUGGACCGAAUCGAGCCUGGAGGUUUUCAAGGGUCUUAUCAAACUAGUUGAGGAAGAACAGGAGCAGGAUUGGCCGGACGACAUUGUCGAGAUUAUGGAUGAAUUGGAGAAGGAACGGCCGAUGAGCGACGAGUUUAAAUACCUUCGCGUAGAGAUCUCCCAGCAUACGUACCAGCGCCGUCGGAGGGUGGGUGACACCGGUCGACCCGCACAAGUUGGCAGAAUAUCUUCCCAGCCCUAUGGCCAGGGUACCGCAAGAACGAAUCCGCAGGGUAUACCUCAUUUACCCCUACUAAAUGAGCGAGAGAAUCUGGGGCCACCUGAUCCGUCGAAGGAAAAUAGAGGUGAGAGGAAGCUUUAUAUGCAAGAUCAAUUCAACAUCUAA